AUGCAGCUCCUCGCUUGUCUUUUCUUUACCUUCUGCUUCCUUGCCACGCAGUCCUCUGCUGUCACCGUUCAACGUGUCCAGCUGGAUAUUUCCAAUGUUCAGCUCUCUCCCGACGGUCACAGGCCGCGGAGACAGGCUGUCGUCGCCAACGGAACACACCCUGGACCUCUCAUAUCAGGCAACAAAGGCGACAACUUCCAAAUCAAUGUCAGGGACAUAUUAGGGGAUUAUGAGGGUCUCGAUAAUCAAACCUCCAUCCACUGGCACGGAAUCAGGCAGUACAGAACUAAUCCAUAUGAUGGCGUCGCGUUCGUGACCCAGUGUCCGAUUGUCCCAGGCAACUCAUUUCUUUAUAACUUCACGGUGGGUGACCAGGCUGGUACCUUUUGGUAUCACUCGCACUUCUCGAACCAGUACUGUGAUGGCCUCAGGGGCCCGAUGGUGAUAUACGAUCCCGAAGAUCCUUAUGCUGACCUCUACGAUGUCGAUGAUGAAAAUACCAUAAUUACUCUUGCCGACUGGUAUCACUAUCUGUCCAAGGACGCGCCCAACAUUCCCAAACCGAGUACUACUUUGAUCAACGGAGUUGGUCGCCAGCUAGAAGAUAGUUCUUUGAAUCUUGCAGUUCGUUUGUCCGGACAAUAUAGGUACCGGUUCCGCCUAGUGUCGAUUUCGUGUGACGCUGCCUUCAACUUCACCAUCGACGGACAUCAGUUCACCAUCAUUGAAGCGGAUGGGAACAACGUCGAGCCCGUGCUAGUUGACUCGAUCCCGAUUUACGCAGCUCAGCGGUACUCUUUCGUCCUCAAUGCGAGCCAGAACGUAGACAACUACUGGAUCAAGGCUGAUCCUGAUAUUGGUGUCACCAAUGGGACGUUUGCAAACGGUGUUAACUCCGCCAUUCUUCGUUAUUCUGGGGCCCCAAUCCAGGACCCAGUAACUGAAGGCGCCAUAUCUCUCAGGCAACUAAAUGAGACGAACUUGCAUCCCAUAGACAAUCCUCAAGCACCCGGAGGCCCGGGGCUGGGCAAUGUUGAUCGCCAGUACGACCUAAGUGUUCUCUUCAAUGGAAACGUCAACACCGGCGUUCCCGCCAAUUUCACUGUCAACGGCACCUCGUGGGUAGCCCCCACCGUACCGGUCCUUCUUCAGAUCCUCAAUGGCACCAAACGCGCACAGGACCUCUUGCCCCACGGAAGUAUCUACCCAGUCAACGCCAACGAGACCAUAGAGAUUAUAUUGCCUGGCGUGGGAGGAGCUGGGACAAACCACCCCGUUCAUCUUCAUGGUCAUUCUUUCUCUGUCGUCAAGAGUGCUAAUCAUUCGGAGUACAACUACGAUAAUCCUGUUAGACGUGAUGUUGUGAAUAUUGGAUCAAACGCCUCCGACAUCACGGUCAUUCGCUUCCAGGCCGAUAACACUGGGCCUUGGUUCAUCCAUUGCCACAUCGACUGGCAUCUCACAGCUGGCUUUGCAGCCGUGAUGGCCGAGGACGUUCCCGAUGUACCAGCCGAUGACCCCACUUCAGAUGCAUGGCAGAAUCUCUGCCCUAUAUGGAACAAUACGUUCGGCAAUGCCGGUGCUCCAGCGCUCAAGUCCAUCGCACCCUUCACGGAGCUCGCUGGGACUCCCACCGUCACUCUUUUACCGAGUUCUGUAUCUGUGUAUUCUGGCACACCUUUCUUCACUGUCACCGCGACAUCCUCUGCCACUGUUAUUCCUAUUACCUCUGCUUCUUACUCUUCUUAA